AUGCAUGUUUUUGACCUCUCAGUGACACACGCCGACAUCAAUGGGCCGAGCGUGGCAACUGGAAUCGUGGGAGGCGUAGUGGAAAUCACAUGCGAAUUCAACAAGCACUUCAGCAGCGAACAGAAGUACUGGUGCAAAGGAUACUAUCGACGAAGCUGCGUGAUUUUAGUUCAAACGCAGGGCCUUGUGAGGAAAAGCAGAGAUGGCAGAAUAACGAUAACAGCUGAUAAUAACAAAGGAGAACUUAAAAUCCGAAUGGAGGGACUAACAAACGCCGACAAGGGCUGGUAUUGGUGUGGAAUAGAAAGGUACCACCUUCUGGACCCAUUAUAUCCUGUGGAGCUUAAUGUUCGUGAAGCUCAAGCGCUACUUCCUUCGGACAAAGAAAGACUAAGGUUUUUCUUAAUAAUCGGACUAGUCUUCGGAAUAUUAACGAUUAUGUUUAUCGGACUCCUGUUCCUGGUUAUCAGAAAAAUUAGAAAGAACAAAAAUAAUGGUGCGAGUGAACGUGUGGAUGGCUGUAAAGUGGAAUUUAAAGGAAUGCAGGAGAUUGAAGGUGAAGGGACAGAUAAGAAGGAAGGCGACUCAACAAUAGAGAACUCCGUCCCGAAGUCAAACUCUAUGUUGGCCAAAGAGAUGGAAGCCGGAGUUACCUACGCCACCGUGGCAAUCAAGCAGAGCAACAACCACCAGGAAGACUCCACCAUGUACGAUAACGUCAACCCCCCCAAGGUUCAAGAAGAGAAAAAGCCGCCGGUUACCGAGCCUCCAAACGCAGAACCGUUAGAGUAUUCGACAAUUGCAUUCAAAAAGUAAAAUUCUUCCCCUGAUGUUCCAGCCAUUCUUUGCAGAACAACAUCCCUCCAAGUCACAACUUAUUCCAUUUGGAUACACGUGUCAUUUUGCACCUUGUGUUCAUCCACGGGUCAUAAUCCCACGUUAAAAACUGCUGGAAGAACUCAGCAAGCCAGCAACAUCUGUGAACGCAAAGAGAUGGCCGAUGUCUCUGAGCCAAAACAUCGACCAUGACUUUGUUUCUGCAUAUGUUGCUUGGCUCAUUUAUUUCUUCCAGGGGUUUUUUUUUUUUGCUAAGGGGAAGUCAAAUAGAUCUCAGUUCUUUUCUUCACACAAAAUGAAAUGGAAAUAUGGGAUUUCCUCUCUCAAAUAUUUGCUGAGGUGCGCAUGGUGGUAGGGGAGGGAGGACAAUUGAAAAGUUUGCUAGGCUGGGGAAUCUGAUCUUCACCACCCAAGAUACUUCUAGAUACAAAUCAGCCACGAUCCAAUUGAACUGUAGAAGAGGCUCAAGGGGCCGAAUAGCUGUCUCUUCUAACCUAACCUGCCCAUUUAACCUAAGAUGUGACAUUUUAGUCAACUUCACUAAUAUCCUACUCAACUACACAGUCAUUCCCCAGCAAAAGAAAAAGCUUUAGACUUUAGAAAUACAGCGCGGAAACUGGCCCUUCGGCCCACCGAGUCCGUGCCGACCCGUACAAAAAACACUAUCUCAGAAGCCGAUUAACCUACAAACCUGUGCGUCUUUGGAGUGUGGGAAGAAACCGGAGCACCAGGAGGAAACCCACAUGGUCACAGGGAGAACGUACAGACUCCGUACAGACAGCACCUUUAGUCAGGAUUGAACCCGGGUCUCUGGCGCUGCGAGGCAGCAACCCGAACACUGCGCCACUGUGCCACAUCCCUUUUCUCAGAUUCAGGGAUAAACAGAAAGGUGGAAGGUGCUGCUUCAGAUAUAACGGGGAGCAACAGGAAGUUGAAACACAAUGUUAUUUGAUGGAUCCUUGCAUUUCUGGGUUGUCUGCUGUAAGAUGGCUGUGCCAUUCUGCUACAUACUGCACCAGAACAACAUGAGGGAACAUGUACAACUAGCAUUUCUUCCUGAUUAUUCACUAUUUAAUCAUUUGUUUAUUUUGCAUACAGUUGAUGUAGGCUUUAGUUAUUCAUAAUGCAUGGACUGCCUAUUUGCACUUAACUUGACUGAUGUGCUAUGGCUUUAGUUUAGUUUAGUUUAGAUAUACAGCGUAGCUACAGGCCAUUCAGCCCACUAAGUCCACGCCGACCAUCGAUCACCCGCUUCCACUAGUUUCAUGCUAUCCCCACAUCCUACACACUAGGGACAAUUUGCAGAAGCCAGUUAACCUAUAAACCCGCACAUCUUUGGAAUGUGAGAGGAACCGGAGGACCUGGAGGAAACUCAUGUGGUCACAGGAGAAAUGUACAAACUCCAUAUGGACAUCACCCGUGGUGAGGAUCGAACCCGGGUCUCUGGUGCUGUGAGGCAGCAGCUCUACCACUGCGUCACCGUGCUAUCCUUGUGGUCUGGUGUUCUGCUCUCCAGGUUUAGUUCUGCAUUAAAGGUAUGGAUGCAGCUGCACAUGAUUCAUUGUGAUGGAACAAUGAUAGACUCUGUUGACCAACUAAAGGGAAAUGAUCUUAGCUUCAUUUCCAACCACAGACCACAACUGUGGGCUGAGCCGCUGGGAGACACAGAAUUAACAGCACUGUGGCGUAGAGGUUGAGUUGCUGCCAUACAGCGCCAGAGACACGGGUUCGAUCCCGAUUAUGGGUGCUGUCUGUACGGACUUUGUACGUUCUCUCCGUGACCCACUUGGGUUUUCCCCAAGAGCACUGGUUUCCUCCCUCACUCCAAUUAUGCACAGGUUUGUAGGUUAAUUGGCUUUGGUAAAAAUUGUAAAUUGUCUCUUGUGUGUGUAGAAUAGUGUUAAUGUGCGGGGAUCUAUGGUUGGCGCAGACUCAUUGCGCCGAAGGUCGUGGUUCUGCACUGUAUCUCUAAACUACAUUAAACUAAACAAGAAGAGAGCUGAAAUUAAGAUGGAUAAUAGGUGCCGUUAAGGAGCAGAGAGAUAGGGCAUAGGACUUUUUCUUCUUCUUCUUGCGUAUGGCGUGCACAGCCUAAAGUUGUAGGACAACUUUUUCUAUUUGAUCUUAUUUGACUGUGCACACCAGGUUGAUUGCAUUUGUCGAAACAGGGUGGACCACAUGAAGGUUGCAAUCUCCCACCCCGGACAUAGUACUAAGGGACUAGGAACUGGAUAUGUAGAAAAGAUGGGAACCAGUACAUGGAGGACAGGAGACAGGUGCACGAGAUUCAAAUGAAUCAUAAACACUUGGGCUGAAAGGCUAGGUACUCUUUUAUCAAUUCCAUAUCAAGUGGCAUUGUCAGAAAUUACAUUUUUCCAUCCUUGUUAUAUUGGAUCCAAUCCAAUCAUUAUCACUUUGAGAUAUAAGCUCCAACUAAUUUCACCAAAAAUCCAACUUGAGGUAUUAACCCGUCCACAGUUCCACAUUGUCCACACACAUCUGUGGAGAUUUAAGUCUGCAAUGUGCGAGGUGAAUCAUUUAAGAAUUAACGUUUACUAACAUCAAUAUUAAAUUCAUAUUGCAAUGUGAUGCUACAUGAUCACAACUUGGAACCUUGGAGAUGUGCCCUGAGUUGCAGAACCAUUUGGGUACUUUAUAGUCACUGUUGAGUCAAGUAGAAUGGUCCUUCUCCCAAUUAAUGCUUUAAUUUUGGUCAAGGUGAUCAAAGAACCUUUGCACAGCUGAUCAAUGAUUGCUGAGCGACUUUGUUGACCUGUACGAUAUUGAGUCUUACCACUGGAGUAUGGUUUUGUAAAGAAACAUAUGUAGUGUCAAACACACAAUCAACUUGAGGUUGAGAAUGAACUGAAUCUUCUUAAUUUAUUGCAAAGGGAAUAAAAGGCUUCACUGAGUCCGUUUGCAGUGAUGCAAUGGAUAACCAGGAAGACAAUAGUAGCAUUUUAUGUUAAGGUUGAUAAUGAAUUAUGUUCUAAUAUCUUUUUGAGCAAUGAAUUCUUGUUCCCUGAUACAAGCGCAACAUUAAACUUUGUAUUUGUGCAAAUGAUACUGAAAUCUUGUUUGUUAUGUCAAAUUUGAACUACAACUUGACAGUAACUCAAAAAAUUAUGUUUUAAAAUGUCUUUUGUAACAGUUACUGACUUUUAAAUAAUGAUUUCUACAUUCCACGUGUUAAGAAAUUGAAAUACAAUAUACUUAAUGUAUUUUCUGUAGUAUUAUUGCCUGAAUAGCUCACAUUUCUUUUCAGUCUAACUUUGCAUUCGAACGAUUACUAGCUUCCAAGAAACUUUUUUUUUAUCAAUACGUGACCACUUUUCAUGUUUAAAUGAUUGUGCUCCUCUUUACGUCCAUGUUGGUAUUAAAAUUUUACAAACGCU